AUGGCUUCUACACACCCUCAAGCUGCUCCUUACCACCGCCCCAUUGUCAUAUCUGGGCCUUCGGGAGUUGGUAAAGGCACCUUGAUUCAAAAGCUCAUUGACUCGCAUCCGGGAAAAUUCUCUUUGGGUUUUUCUCAUACGACACGAAAGCCACGCCUUGGAGAGGUCGAGGGUAUGGCAUAUAAUUUUGUUCCUCGGUCUGCGUUUUUGAAUCUGCUUGAAAACGACAGUUUCAUCGAACACACCUACUUCAGUGGAAAUUAUUGCGGCACAAGCAAGGAGAACAUUGCGUCUCAGCAAAAACAAGGCUCUAUAGUACUGCUUGAUAUUGACAUCGAGGGAAUCAAAACAAUCACGAAAUCCCAAAGCCUCCAUGCUCGCUACGUUUUUAUUAAACCCACAAACUUUCGCACGCUAGAGUCCCGGCUUCGCGCCCGCGGCACGGAGGUCAGUAGAUCAAAAGCAUUGUCAUUGGCUUGA